AUGGAGCAUUCUGGUCCGAUACAUCUUGAUGAUCCAUUACAAACUGGUGGAGGACCAAUCACUCGGUCCAAAGCUAAAAGAAUGAAGGAAGCACUUAAUGGGCUGAUUGAGGAAGCUUGGAACCAGCAAGAGGCUAUUGGAGUGGAUUUGGACGUGAAGAUAGCUUUGUAUGGGUUUAAUCCUUUAACUCCAAUGGAUUUGUCACCUUUACCUAUUGAUGAGCGUGCUAGUUUAGAUGGCAAAAGGAAAGCUGAAACGAUGAAGCAAUUGCAUGAGAAAGUUAGGCAAAACAUUGAGAAAAGAACUGAACAAUAUGCUACUCAAGCCAACAAAGGGCGGAAGAAAGUGAUCUUUGAACCAGGAGAUUGGGUUUGGGUGCAUAUGAGAAAGGAAAGAUUUCCAGCAAAACGGCGUUCUAAGUUGCACCCUAGAGGAGAUGGGCCAUUUCAAGUCAUUGCUCGCAUUAAUGAUAAUGCAUAUAAGCUUGACUUACCAGGUGAUGAAGAUUCGAGGACGAAUCCUUUUCAGGAGAGGGGGAAUGAUGGAAACCAGGAUGCAGCCACCAAGCAACCUAAGGAGGGACUAUCCAAGGCCGUGGGAAGCAAGGAGAAAUGUAUGGAGCAUUCUGGUCCGAUACAUCUUGAUGAUCCAUUACAAACUGGUGGAGGACCAAUCACUCGGUCCAAAGCUAAAAGAAUGAAGGAAGCACUUAAUGGGCUGAUUGAGGAAGCUUGGAACCAGCAAGAGGCUAUUGGAGUGGAUUUGGACGUGAAGAUAGCUUGUGGACUAGUCAACAUGAUCCAUGAAAUUAUUAGGCCAAAUUAG